AACUGUUAUGCACUACUGAAGCAGUAAAUGUGCCACAAAAUCUUUUAAGGAAACACCUCAGUAACCAAGAAAUAUGUCUGUGUCUGGAGAAACAAGUGCACAUAAGAAAUCAACAGAAAUGCUCACUUUUGCAUCUGCAUUUGUUCUCUGUUUUAUACUCUUCAUUGGAAUAAAAUUACGCUGGUUCAGAGCCAGAAUGAGAUUUGAUACAAACACCAUACGUAGUGGAUCCUCUUCAGUGGCUGCUGCUAGUGCACCCACAUUUUCUGUAGCUGGUGUUUAUCGACCAAUUGGUAAUAGCAGUCCCUUUGAGAGUCAAGUUCAAACAUUUUAUCCAAAAACUGAGCAGAAUCAUCAUCAUAAAAGCAUGCCAAACCUAACAGAAAACUUGAAUGCGUUCCCAAAAGACUCACCUGGCAUAGCAGAUGUAACUACAAAGACACAGUCAGUACAACAAAAUCUGUCAACUUCAUCAAAAACUGGAAUGUUAGCAUCAAAUGCAGAGGACCAUAAUUCUGCUGCAGCCAGUUUCGGACUAAUGAAACUGAAGGAAAAUGGAGACAUUUAUUCAAGCACACCAGAUAUGUCAACAGCAAAUCAUUCUCAAACUGAGUCACGACAGAAGAAAAAGACAACAAAAAGUUCUGUGAAUAAAAAACUGAGUGUUCCUGAGACUGAAGCACCAGAAACUGAGGCAGGCAACCUUAUCUUUUUGAAUUCAAAUGGAAAACCCAUAUCUCCCUUGGAAAAUAAGAGUGCAAAAACAGUUUCACAUAAAACAAAAAGCAAGGCACCAGCACCUCCAGCUCCACCUGCCCUUACAAAUCCUAAAUUUCAUGAGUAUGAAGAGUUUGAUACGUAAAGCUUUUCUACCAGAACACAAGUUCUUUCUGUUCAUUAAGAAUCUCGUCUGAUAUUGAUAUUCUGUGUUGUUUGUGAGAAGAGUAUUUCCAAAAAAGAUGUUGUUAUUAUUAUAUCUAAUAAAAUUAGAAGGGCAGAGAUUCUAAAUGACUUAUCUGUGAAGUGAUUAUACAUUCAUCAGUAUUAACUGCAGUAAUUUUAAAUGUAAGUGAUCAUAUAAUAGUUUCCUCUUAAACACAGAAACUAAGUGCUAAUUUAGAUUGAUAACAACAAUAACCUAUGGAAGGCUUGAAAGUUUCAACAGUGAUGCUCAUAAACGAUUAAAAAGUUUAAUAUGCACCAUAUGUGUGUAAGACACACAUAUAACAGAUCUGCCAUUAAACAUUAUCUUCAAGAUUUAAAUGAUGUAUUACUUUUUUUAUAAAGAAGAUAUGUUGAUAAUAUGACAAUAUGCUCAAAUGGUUAUCAAUCAAGUCACAAGUCACAGGGGUCGGCAGAAGAAAGUGUUAGCCAACAACAGUUUAACUGAGUUUAGCAGGUUGUAUCUUUGGUUAAAUAAAAUGACAAGAACAUAAAUAAAGCAAGACAAAAUUUAUGAAGCAGGUAGUACUUGUUAACAGCAUAUGGCACACUUGAAAACUAAACAGACAGUGUGAUCAGAUUAAUCUCUACUAACUUGAAGGUUAGCACUUUCUUUCAUCGAUCCCUUCAACUCUUCAAAAGAAACUUUCAGCCAUGAACAAUGAAAAUUUACCUGAAGCAGUGUUUGUGCAAGAUUAGUUAAAUUUGAAUGUAUAUACAAUGGCAUUUGUACGGAAAAUAAAACAUUAAAACAGAAAUAA